AUUGCUGCGCAUUGAGAAGGUUCUACCCGGAGGACAGCUUACGUUGAAUGUGGCAGGCGAAGCAAAUCCCAUUCCCUGUCACACUAGUAAACCUUCCUGGUGGCCCAAAGAGCUGAACACACGAACUUAAUUUUGUGUCCCCAUAUUUUGAGAAGAGCAAGAGAAAAAAUACGUUUUGCAAAGGAUUAUUAGCUUGUUUUUCUUUCUCUCUUUCUCGUUUUGCAUCCGGUAAACCGCUUCCUGUAAAAAAGCAGAAAUGAAGACAUCACAGCAUGCCUCGACGGAGCCGGCGGUGCGAGAGAAAGCCGUAUUAGCAACAGCAGCAGAAGAACCACAGCCGACUGUGAUCGCUUUUCGGUGUGAGCUGUGCGGUUUAAGCGAGAGCUGCGAUUAUCGAGGCCGCCGACCACCGUUUGCCAGCAAAAUUGAACUUCCCGAAGAGUGUUACGUAAUGCGCGAUCCAUUCGCGCCACCACCACAAGCCGUACCGGACAAACCGUCGAGCGAGCACUAUCUUCUGCUCGGUGCGAAUUGCAAUCUGUGCCGGAAGAGCGUCUGUAAAGCGAGUGCGUGUAGUUUUUUCUACGGGGCUACCUUUUGCCGGCAUUGUGCCACGAACCGGGUGCAGGAAUUUCCGCUCGAAGUGCGGAGCAAAAUAAAAAAGCAAUUUGCCUAGUUACCGUAGCUGUGCUAGGCACAGGGAUCAAUUCACUGAA